AUGUCGUGGGGAGGUCGUUGCGGUCGUCAAGUCAUAACAGUGAACGAAAGGAAUUCAGUCAAGAGUCAAGCUUUGCAGGCAAACGACGGCUACAGCGUGGGAAUGAAGGGGUUAGUAGAACAAGGAGUGUGCAUGCGCGGUUGUAGAAGUCGUGAGCAGUUGGCCAAGCCUGGCUCGGAUUUGCCGGUGAGCUUGGUGGGCACCGAGGAGUCAGGACGAUGA